AUGGGCUUUCCCUCUCGAACUGUCCUGGCUGUCUCGCUGGCAGCCGGCUACCUCGCAUCGUCUGGCAAAUUACUGCCAUGGGUUUCGCUGGGCUUUGUCUCGGCCUUUGCGGCCGCCUGGGCCGUCCAGUUCUUCGCCUGGGCUGUCUGGGUGGUCCUUGUGUAUCCGAAAUUCUUUUCGCCUCUUCGCCAUCUGCCCCAGCCAGACGGGGGCUCGUGGUUGCUUGGCCAGUUCCCUAAAAUAUCCCGCAUGCCCAUGGGCGCACCUGCGCUGGAGUGGAUUAACACAAUCCCAAACUACGGCCUGAUACGAUAUCUUGGUCUCUUCAACCAGGAGAGGCUGCUCAUCGCCUCUCCAAAGGCUCUUGCCGAAGUGCUGGUUACCAAGAAUUAUGACUUCAAGAAGUCUGACGAGUUCCGCCACUUCCUCGGCCGCCUCCUGGGCAUCGGUUUGCUGCUCGCCGAGGGCGACGAGCACAAGAAGCAGCGGAAGAGCUUGAUGCCGGCGUUUGCCUUUCGCCACAUCAAGGAGCUCUAUCCCGUUUUCUGGGACAAGGCACGCGAGAGCGUGCAAGUCAUAACGGACAAGAUCCUCUCCGGCACCGCCACCGACCAGAAGGGCACUGGCGUCAUUGAGGUUGGCUCAUUUGCCUCCCGGGUGGCCCUCGAUAUCAUUGGCGUUGCCGCCCUCGGCCGCGACUUUGGUGCCCUCAAGGACCCCAGCAACGAGCUAAACCAGAGCUACAUGACAUUGUUUGAGCCGUCGAGGGAACCACGCAUUCUGAUAGCACUGUCGAUGCUGAUUCCGCUCCGACUUUUCACUGCCUUGCCUCUAAAACGCAACAUAGAAAUCUCCAACGCAUCGCGCUUCGUACGCUCGACGUGCGCCGCCUUGAUCAGUGAGAAGAAGCAGAAGCUAGUUGGCAAGGAGCGCGUGGAUAUCGACAUUCUGUCGGUCGCCCUCGAGUCUGGCGGCUUCGCCGACGAGAAUCUAGUGGACCAGCUCAUGACGUUUCUGGCCGCCGGCCACGAGACGACGGCCUCGUCCAUGACCUGGGCCAUUUACCUGCUGGCCAAGCAUACAGACGUCCAGGCCCGCCUAAGAGCCGAGAUCCGCCAAAACCUCCCACCCAUCACAGGCAACUCGGCCAUCUCGAGCACUGAAAUUGAUAGCCUGCCGUACCUCAACGCCGUGUGCAACGAAGUCUUGCGGUACUUUUCCCCCGUGGCCUCGACAUCGCGUGUGACCGCGUGCGAUACAAGCAUCCAGGGCCAGUUCGUUCCCAAGGGUACGCCCAUAUUUCUCGCACCCUGGGCCGUCAACAAAUCUGUCGCCAUUUGGGGGUCUGACGCGGGCGAAUUCAACCCUGAGCGGUGGAUGCCGAAGUUCGACGGGGACAAGCGCGCGGCGAGCGGCGGUGCGACGACCAACUAUGCCUUUUUGACCUUUUUACAUGGACCGCGCAGCUGUAUCGGACAGUCAUUCGCCAAGGCCGAGUUUGCUUGUCUGCUGGCGGCCUGGGUCGGCCGGUUCUCCUUUGAGCUCCACAACGAAGCUGACCGGGACGAAUCCAAGAUCGACAUCAAGGGCGGCAUAACCUCGAAGCCGGCGCACGGAAUGCACGUCCAGACGACGCUUCUCGACGGAUGGUGA